CAUAAAAUCGCAAUGAAUUUCGUCUUAAAUCAAAAUUUACUCACUAUUCUACUAACUGCAAUCCAAAUGAUAAAUUUUGUACCACACUGCACGUGCCAAACACCAGUACCAAGCAAUUCGAGUAUACAAACAAGUCCAACGUCAUUUCAAAUAAUUCCAAUUCCACUUAAAUACGGAGAUCCAUGUGUUUACAAAGCUUACGAGAAAUUUGUCGCAGAAACUCAAAUUAAAAAUAUUAGUCACGUCCUCAAUUUUGUAUAUUACGAAAACUCGCUCCCAUAUUUUAGCUACCUGAGCGACAUUUGUAUCGAGGUAUCUGACGAUUUGGUAAUUGACGCCCACAAAUUCGACUGUGUAAAGCAGGGAGACAAAGAGGUUUGCACGUGUGGCUAUAACAUGUACAAAGUGGAUCCAUUGCUGAGCCCUUCGAUUAUCAUUGAGAGUGGACACCAAUAUCGGACUUAUCGUGCAGUUCACGGCCUGGAUCGACGACUGGUCCAGGAGAGCGACAAGUGCAAAUCUGGCACCCAUGGACACUGCACCCUCGAAAAUGAUGUACCGAGCCGGAAAAAUCAGGGCGAAGGAAUGGUUUUGGAGUGUCGAGAGAAACAUGAAUGUCGCAAAACUUCAAGAAGCAUGACCAACAGGAAUACCAGCGACGAAUAUGGGACGUGCGAAAAAAAUGACGUUAAUGUAGAAAAAUUUGCCAGGGGCUUUGCAGUCUCUAAUAUUUUGUCUAAAGUGCUGUGGUUGCUGACAUUGAUGACGCUUGUUGCAUUACACACUCAUGAAUUUUGA